GUAGGUCUGUUGUUUUGUUCAGUGUUGUCUCGCUUAGUGUUUAAUGAUGCCUCCAUUAUGCAAAAUGAUAUCGGAAUCACAAGUUGAAUUCAAAGACAAAAGGCAUUAGCUGAAAGGAUAGAUUUCUCAUUGUCUCCUCUUCAUUCUCGUGUAUGGAUAUGUACCCAAUUCCAAGUCUGGAGAAACUCUGAGGAUGCGAUUAAAACCUUCAAAGUUUGAUCUGUCUUGGGCUUCUACCAAAAACUGCGGAGUAUUUUGCGGGAAAUUCACUAAACCUUUAGGUUCCCACAAAUAUUUCCCCAGAUUGAAGAAACCUGUGAAUUCUCAGAGGAUUUCGGGAAAAACCAUAAAAGUCCCCUAUAAUCAUGAAGCUGAUUAUAAGUUAAUUUGAACAGAAGGUUAUAUGCAAAUAUCUAGUCAGCUUUUGGCUGUUAAUAUGUAUAUAUGUACUACAACCUUAUUACACUAAAAUUAAAAUAAAUCCCCAUACUCAUAUAACAUAUUAGUUAGUCCAGCUUAUAUACUUGUUUCCAUUCAUCGUUUAGAUGCCCAAUCCACCUGUUUGCUACUACUAUCAAGCUGGUUGUUGUAGAAACGGGAAUGAAUGCACCUUUACCCACCCGAAGAUACGUUGUCGUACUUUUACCUCUGACGGUUGGUGUCCUUAUGGAUACAAUUGUCGUUUUUGGCAUGAUCCGUCUGUGAAACCGGGCGUUGUCAACCUAAUCAAAAAGCCGUGUCAAUUCUUUGCAAAUAAUCAAUGUAAAUAUGGUGAUAAGUGCAGUUUCUCCCAUGAUAUUAAUGUUCAAAACAAUAGUGGGAUAACGUUGGAAGAAUAUCGAGCCACAAAAAAGCUGACAGGCGUGUACAUUGAUAUCGAAGCUCAGGAAUCUACAACUACCGAAAUGUCACACGGCAAACAGAAUGGUAUUCCCGACGCAUCACUUACGUCGGUUGUAAAAUCUAAUCUAAUCACAACUUCGUCAUCUACAUGCCUUAACAAAAAUAAAUUUAACAUUGUAAGACCGCCCUUCCGGAAAUCUGCUUCUGUAAACGCGAUUGAUUUUCAAGGAGCUUCAGAGGCUGAAAUUUGUGAUCUGAAUCAUUCCGAGCUGGAACGCCUAAAAAAGCAAUUUCCUUCAGGCAAAUUACGUGAAGUAGAAUCAAAUGAGAACUAUCAUAUGUUUUGUGUCAUAUUCUCCUCCACAGAUCCCGACUGGGUUUACGAUGUUCGUGAGAUAGUGUUAAAUAUUCUCAUCCCACAAAUGUAUCCCAAGGAACAACUUCAAAUUUCAGUGGUAAUGCAAAAACAUUUACCAGUGAUCUUAGUUGCCCAUUUGAAUAAAGCAAUCAAUUCUUGGGUUAGGCGUAAGCACCAAUGUAUGGAACGAAUGAAUCGUCUAGAGCUAUACUUGCGUCCUCUCUUUUUGUGGCUUGAUCGUAACUUGGAAGAAUUAUUCACUGAAGGAUUACGUAAAUAUAAAGCGUUUCUAGAAAAUGGAAAUUUGGAUCCAGAUUUGUCUUCAUUGUUAAUUAAAAAUAGUGCUGAUAUUAUUUCUCACUGCCAGUCAAGUAAUAAGGAUAAUGGCAGAAAUUUACUAUCGAGUUAUAAUAAUGCAACUGGUUUGACUCCUGUUGUGCUUGACAGGGAAAUUUUAGAUCUUAAAUCAUUCAACCUUAAUUCAUAUUCUGACAGUAAUCUAUCAGAUGUUGAAAGUGAUAAAACCCUAUUUGAAAGUGAAAUACCUAGCAGAAGUAGAGCUUAUAAUAACUUUCUAACCCAUUCAAAUGAAGGAAUUGUACCUAAAAUAUGUAACUUAACAAACGAGAAUGAUUUUCCAACUGACUCACUAUUAGAUCAUGACAGUAUGAUUGGUUUAAUUCCCCCUGUUGUACCGAAAGACGAAUCAGAAGAAACACACAAUGGUGAUCAAAGUUCACUUAACGGGAACCAAUUGUCGAUUGGGAGUGAUAAUAGUGUUAGUUCACAAACCAGUGAAUCGGUGUUAGAAUUUAGCAGCACUGAUGAGAAUGGUCAUGAUCCUGGUAGUAAGUGUGAAGAUGUUGGCGAUUCGCAAAUGUCAUGUGGAAAUCUUCAUGGUUCUUCUUCACUAACAACUCCCGGUACCCAGAAAUUAUUAAUGAGCGGUCUUAGGCUACUGGGUAAAGCAGGAACAUAUAUACAACGUCGACUUACUGUUUCUCUACAUUGUACGCGUUGUCGCUUAUCUUUCCAGUGGCUUUUCACUUUUCAUGGGGCGCGAGCUAUGAAUAAUUUUAAUGAUCCAAAUACAGCGUGUAAACUUUUACGUUCACUCCCACCAUACACAACUCAUUGUGCACGUUGCCAUCAAAAAUUCAGUUUACUUUUCCAGUCUAGUUUAGCCCAUGCAUUCGACAACAAUGUUGGAACUCUACAUUUAGAUGGUUGUAUUGCUGACGAUGUUCCACCGAAACAGUCUGAUGGUAUUAUUUUAUGUACUGGAUGCUUCAAUUCAGUGCGAGUCACCGGACUCGAUUUUGACUGUCCUCUUACAAAACGCUGCUUCACUUGUCAUUCUUUGACUGGACUAGAGUUUAGCAAAUUUCAAUUGGAAUCGUUAAAACAACCUUCAAAUUCUAAGACUGUGAAAAUAGAUGGCACAAACCAAGAUUCGUCUUCUCAAAUUUCCCGAAGAAUGCGACGUACAAUGAAUUCAGCUCAAAAUACACUCAUCCAGGAUGGAUCACCCUUACCAGCUUAUGGCAGCUGUAAGCACUAUCGCAAAAGUUAUCGAUGGCUGAGGUUUCCUUGUUGCGGACGUCUGGAACCAUGUGAUGUCUGUCAUGAUAAUUCUGCUGUUGAUGGACACGAAAUGGAACUGGCUACUCGUAUGAUUUGUGGGUUUUGUUCUAAAGAACAACCAUUUUCUACUGGCAAACCAUGUGUAAGGUGUGACAAGAUGCUAUCAGGAACUCGAUCUUCACAUUGGGAAGGUGGGAAAGGAUGUCGUAAUCAAGUAACUAUGUCUCGAAAAGAUUCAAGAAAAUAUUCUCAUGUUAACAAGGUUAUAUCCAAGAAGAAAAUCAAGCAAAAUAAAUGA